AUGCAAGAGUCAGUCCAAGCAAAGACGAUUUCUUGUACCGAUGCAGUCAAGGUCUCACAAAUCGUGAUGAUCGCCUUGGUUAUGGUGGGAUCCAUGAUAGGGAACAGCAUGAUAUGUGUUUUACUCAUUAGGUUUAAGACUCUACGAACAGUGACGAAUGUUUUGAUCGCGAACUUAGCUGUCGUCGACAUCCUCAACGCUGUGACCAACAUGCCUCUCAUGAUCAUGUGGUACAUCUGUAAAGUGCCUUAUCUAAAUGGACGUGCAACAUCUUGGUUCAUUGUGACUUGGUACGUGCUGCUCAUGUACCUCAUAGUGUUCAAUCUUACUGCGAUGACAAUGGACCGCUUUGGAGCCAUCGUCCACAGCAUUUGGUAUUACUCAUGGAAGUCAGUUAAAAAGGCGAAGGUAGCUGUGUUAAUGGUAUGGAUUCUUGCCGCUGCCUAUACGUAUGGAAUGUUUGUUUUGGGUUUGGAUAUUGAUCUUGGAGACGCCCCUGUUUUGGUUUACAGGAAACACUAUUUCAAAAAUUUCGGAAGGCUUUUCAUCAUUCCUGGAUACCUCGUUCCGUUCACGAUUAUGCUCUGCGCGGGUGCAUACAUUUGGUAUUCUGUGCACCAACACAACAAACGUAUCUCUGCGUUUUGUUCGAUUGGGAAGCGCUUUAAAAACGACGUGAAAACUGCGAAGACGAUAUGUUUAACUGUGAUGGCGUUUCUCCUGAUGGGUGUUUUACCGAUGUUGUUACACAACAUCUCCAAAAUCCAUGGUACAUGGUCUCAUUUCCUCGCGUAUUUCCUCGGGCAUUUGAACGGCAUGGCGAAUCCUAUUAUCUAUGCACUUAAGACUCAGAGGUAGGAAUAUUGUACCAGUCACUACAUUACAAUGUUUCAUAAUAAAAUCAAGGCGUGAGACUUUGAUAGCCCUCCAUGGGUAAUAAGUAGUUAGUUAGCGGAGAAUCUCUCAGCUCAUGGAAACAACAAUUCAGAAUUGAUAAAAAUGGAUGACAGUCCUCUAAUAUCAUUUCUUUGAAAAGUGCCCAUUUUUCAUCUCCAAAACUCAUAUGACUUAUUAUUCUCAGCUGUAUGCAGUAUUUGACAUACCUGGGAAUUGUUUGAGAAAUGAUUUAUCCCCUUACAUCGUGUGCAGCAUUCGAUGCAUAAUGCACGGAUGAUGUACAUUAAGUUUACUUCUUUUCACAGAUUUCGCAAAGCUUUUGUGUUGCUCUUUAAGGAUCCUUUGGGAAAGUCACAGCCUCAGAUGACUUCAAAUAAUCCGACAGAUCUAUGUGCCCUUUCAAGAAUCGCUCUACACAAUACAGACGUCUGCAGAAAGAUCAACUAUAUAUAA